AAACAAUAUUUCACCGCCGUUGAAAGGGGAGAGGAAAGGAAAAGAAUCUCAAACUUCGGUUUGAUUGGAGAAAACAGAACAGAGAGAUAAAAAAAUGUCAAUGAGAGGAAUCGGAGGGCCACUUCUAUGCAUUGGAGAUCUCCUGAACGACGUCGGAGAAGAACAACAAGGACACUCUCUCCGUCGUGAAGCUUCUCCCACUCCCUCCUCUUCCCAUCUCAACGAUAACGAUCCACCUACUAACCUCCUCACACUCUUCCAGGAACAUUACGAUCACUUGAAUUCGGCUCUCUCCGGCACCGACCACUCUUGGACUUCUCUUACUUUGAAGUUAUGCACUUCUUUAGAAACUGCUAAUCAGUUGGUUCAGUCGACCAACUCAAAUGUUGCAUCCUUGUCAGAGAAGGUUGAGGAACUGCAGAAAAUUGUUAAGAGAGGGGAUUCUGCGAUAGCAGCAACGAAGGCACUUUAUUAUGUUACCCCUGACAAUCACAGUAGUGCCUCAAAGUGAAACAAGGUUAGUAAAAUUGUAUAUCUGGUAUGAUUGGACAGGGUAUUUGUUAUUGUGUUUAUUUUUGGUCUAAUAGAAGGAUUAAGUACGAUUCAGUCAAUUUUUGUUUAAAUUGUAGUUGAUCACCCUGGGGCAUAUUAUCUAUUCAGUGAUGCUUUCAUACCAAGUAUUAUUACGUUUGUUUUCCUCUACUAAGUGCUUUGUAGUUAAAGAAAACCCAGGGAAUACUGGAGAAAAAGACAAAUACAUACUAUUGUUUUGUUUCUUAAAUUUUAUGUUGUAUCUUGUUGUCAUAUAACAUUAGCAUUUACUCAUGAACCAAGAAACUAGCAUACACUAGGAUUAGGAGGACUGAGGAACAUAUGUAAUUUGAUAAUAAUUAAUUGAUUCCUAACAUUUGUAUGUUUGAUGAA